CAUUGAUCACAUUUAGAAGAAAUAUAAGAGAAGUGAUAUUUGUUUGGAAUAAACUAUAAAAACAAAAAGAAGCAAAAUAUCCAUAAAUUUUGGUGAGAGGAGAAAUAUUAUUAAAAAGUUGUUGAUCUGUAGAACUUGAAGGGUUCAUUAUAUUUUUCUUGAAGAGAUGUCGGAAGAAUUAAGAGAAUCAUCAUAUGACUGUGACAUCUGCAAAGAGUCAUUCUUAGAAGAAAGUAAAUUCAAUCAACACAAACAAAUUCAUAGAAGAGAGAAACAACAUCAUUGUGAUAUCUGUGGUAAAUCAUUCUCUCACAAAAGAAAUUUAACCAGACACAAUCGUAUUCAUACAGGAGAGAAACCAUAUAAGUGUGAUAUCUGCAGUAAAUCAUUCUCUCGAAAUCACCAAUUGACCGAACACAGACGUACUCAUACAGGAGAAAAACCAAAUCGCUGUGACAUCUGUGGUGUAACUUUUGCUGCUGUGAGCACUGUGAUAGCACACAAGCGUAUCCAUACAGGAAUCAAACUAUACCGGUGUGAUAUCUGUGGUGAAUCAUUCUCUGCUGUGAGUACCUUAACUACUCACAAACGUACUCAUACUGGCGAGAAACCAUAUCAAUGUGAUAUCUGUGGUAAAUCAUUCUCUGAAAAUAAGAAUUUAACUACCCAUAAACGCACUCAUACAGGUGAGAAGCCAUAUCACUGUGAUACCUGUGGAAAUUCAUUUUCUCAAAGUUACCAGUUGACUCUACACAGAUUUAUUCUCACAGGACAAAAACCAUAUCAGUGUGAUAUCUGUGGUAAAUCAUUCUCUCGAAGUCAACACUUGGCUAUACACAAACGCACUCAUACAGGUGAGAAACCAUAUCACUGUGAUAUCUGCGGUAAAUCGUUUGCUGUUAGAAGUAAGGUAACUUCUCACAAACGUGUUCAUACAGGGGAGAAACCAUACCAAUGUGAUAUCUGUGGUAAAUCAUUCUCUUUUGGGUGUAGUUUAACCACUCACAAACGUGUCCAUACAGGUGAGGAAGUCCAUUAUUGUGAUAUCUGUGGAAAAUCGUUUUCUUAUGGAUGUAGUUUAUCUCGGCACAAACGUAUUCAUACAGGAGAGAAGCCAUGUUAAUUAAUAAUUCUCUGUUCGGAUUAGCUUCACUGAAUUGUAAUUUAUUUAUACGCCGAUGCCAGCGCCGCCUUGACUGGCACGUAAAAACCACCAAUUGAUCGUAGCCGUUACCAGCCUUGCCUGGCAUGUAAAAAGCACCCACUACACUCACGGAGUUGUUGGCGUUAGGAAGGGCAUCCAGCUGUAGAAACACUGCCAGAUCAGACUGGAAACCACACGUCGAGCAAAAGGGCAAAAGCUUGCUCGAUUCUCAGUACGUAUACCACCGCUCGAACCGUCGAACCCAUACUAGCAUGGAAAAUGGACGUUAAACGAUGAGGUUUAUAUGUAUCUCAUUGUGUUCGACUCUCUUCUACUCUUUUACUUGUUUCAGUCAUUUGACUGUGGCCAUGCUGG